CACACUUCUCCAGUUGUGCCGCAGCCGUCGAUUGAGGAGGAGUGUACCGUCAUGGGCGGUCCCGAAAUCUCUUGAAGCUCGCGCCCACCCGCUCUAAGGAAAGUCGACCUGGACCCACGGGAGGGAGAGUGAGAGGGAAUGCGCGUCUCAAGCCCUCAGCACAGGAAAGAGAUCUUCGUCUGAAUUAGCCAAGAUGUUAUCGUUUAGAUGAUGGACCGUACUUUUCGUGGCUCUGGUGUGGGCCUAGAUUGUGCAAGAUGGCUAGUGCAUUUCCAGGAGGACAUAACGACCAUAUGGAUGGCUUGGGUGCCGCCGGACUCGGAGCAAUAGUUGAUGGAAUUGAUGGAGUAGGGGACAGAGAGAGACUGAGCGGACUCAGUCUAGCCGUGAGCAUUGCAAGCGGAAGAAGCGGGUUUGAGUUCGGCAAUGACGGCCUCGGUAGAACCUGCCCUCUGUGCAGGUCCACCCUGGAAGAUACGAGAGUCUUACCAUGUUUUCAUAGUAUGUGCAGAGCCUGUUUGGAGAGCUUAGCUGUUGGAACGACCAUUACUUGUCCCACUUGCCAUGCCAAGAUCAAUCUCGACCAGCCCCUCAGUACGGGGUCACCUUUUCUCUUGCCCUCCAUUCUAGAGAUGGUCUCCCCAAACAACGAGGCGUCCCAGUCGCCGACGGGUGGGCUCCUGAGCUUGCCGAUUCCGACGCCUCUCCUCACAAAUAGCGAUCAGAUUCGUACCUUUUCUCACAUACCGAACGAUGGGGCCAGGAGGCGGUUUUACUUGUGUGCUAGCUGUGAUGAGGGUCAGCACGCCUCUUCGAGGUGCCAGGAUUGCAACGAAGCUCUGUGCGACUCCUGUGUCAGGGCCCACCAACGAGUGCGCUUAACGAAAGAUCAUUUCAUUGUGCCCUUAUCCGACGGAGAGAGCAACGGGGUGGUGGCACUCUCCCCCAGUAAUAGUACGUGCAGUAGGAGCUACAUGCUGGAGGAAAACAGUCGCGUUCCUCUGGGCCUCUCCUCGCCUCCUGGUGCAAUACCUUCCCAUUCAUCACUCAACUCUACCAUGUCCUAUUGUAGUCACCAUGAAGGAGAUUUGUAUAGAUAUUAUUGUGAGGUGUGUAAUGUUCCUAUAUGUCGUGAAUGCACAUCACAGGUCCACAGGGGCCACUCUUUUGUAUUUUUGGAGGAUGCUCUCGAGACCUCACGCAAUGACACCCUUAGGCUGUUGACAGAGGCUCGGAGUGGGAUUCGGGCGAUCGAGGACAGCAUUGGCGUGACGAAAAGAAUGGUCGAUCGCGUGGACAUCAGAGCUCAGACGGUGGCCAGCGACGUUCGAAAUACCAUCAGGCGGCACAUCACGGCCAUAGAGGAGAGAGAACGCAAGUUACUGAACAAAGUAGAGAAGAUUCGCCUUGUGAAAGGCAAAACGCUCAAGGACCAAGUAGAUGACCUUAGCUCAGCUCUAGCUAGACUUAACCACACAGUUGAUACAAUAGGUACAGCUGUGGACUCCCCAAAUCAGUUGGACCUAAUUCAGAUUCGAAAUCAAGCUGUUGCAGAUAUGCACGAAUUAAGGCAGGUGAAGGCACACCUCAGCCCACACGAAGAUGAUCACAUUUCUUUUUCCAUGUCGGAUGUCAGCAUAUUUCAGGCAGUUAACAACAUGGGACACAUAUCGUCCUCGGGUUUUGCUCCAAAUUCAUUUGCCUUUGGGCGCGGCCUUCGUCAAGCCUUGCGCGGAAGAAUCUCGACAUUCGUGGUGCAUGCCAAGGAUCACCUAGGAGAUCCACGACAUACUGGAGGGGACCAGGUGCGUAUCAUCAUCCACGGGCCGGACGGUCUCUAUUUCAGGGGUGAAGUUCAGGAUAAGGGUAAUGGGUCCUAUUUUAUCACCUACCAGCCACAGCUUGAAGGGCAGCACGUUAUAAGUGUCCUGCUACAUGGACUUCACGUCAAAGGAUCCCCGUUCAGUGUCGAUGUCAAGUGUGGGAGGAACUACAGCAAUGUGGGUCAGGUCCUCCUCACCAUUGGAACGGAAGGCGAAGGAGAAGGGCAGCUAUGCCGUCCAUGGGGUUGUUGCUGUGACAAAGAAGGGCACAUUAUCAUUGCCGAUCGCAGCAACAACCGCAUACAGGUCUUCAACCCAGACGGCAGUUUCCAUCAUGCUUUUGGCAGCGCCGGAACUAGACCGGGUCAGUUUGACAGACCAGCCGGGGUUGCAGCAGACCACAUGGGUAGGAUUGUCGUUGCAGACAAAGAUAAUCAUCGCAUUCAAGUGUUCACUUUCGACGGCACAUUUCUGUUUAAAUUUGGAGAGAAAGGGAGUAAGAAUGGCCAGUUUAAUUACCCGUGGGAUGUUGCGGUGAACGACGAAGGCCUCAUCGUUGUCUCGGAUACUCGAAACCAUCGCAUACAAGUCUUCCUGCCAGAUGGCACGUACAUGAAUAAGUAUGGUUUUGAAGGCUCGCUCUGGAAGCAUUUUGACUCUCCGAGAGGCGUCUGUUUCAAUCAAGACGGACACAUCGUGGUGACAGACUUCAACAAUCACAGGCUGCUAGUUAUCGACCCGGACUUCCAGACGGCCCGCUUCUUAGGGUGCGAGGGCACCAUCAACGGUCAGUUCUUGAGACCACAGGGCGUCGCAAUCGAUCAAGAGGGGAACCUCAUUGUCGCAGAUUCUCGGAACCACCGCGUUCAGAUCUUCCAAUCCAAUGGCAAUUUUUUGUGCAAGUUCGGAACACCUGGCACUGGUCCCAGUCAGCUCGACCGCCCCAGUGGAAUAUGCGUCUCGCCGGAAGGCUACAUAAUAGUGGUUGAUUUUGGUAACAAUCGCGUGCAGGUAUUUUGAGAAGUUGGUCGUUUGUGACGGCAUAAUCUCUCUACUUCUAUUAGAAAUUGGAUAGGGUUAAGUUUUGGCGAUUGUCUUCGCAGUAAAGUGUCUUUAUUAUACAGUACAAAGUGUUGAUGUAACAUCGUACAAAUUUUACAGGUAAUGUACGUUUGUUCAAUCAUAGUUUUGAGAUUAUGGAGAUCAAUACAGGGUAAUCUUUUGUAAUUUAAGUGAAAGGGACUUCAUACUGUACAUAGGAACUUGGAAUAUUAUUUCAAGAGUUUGUGGGUCACUCCUUGUAGUGGUAGGUGAUAACCAGAUCAAGAUGAAUUUUUGAAAGCCUACUCAGAAGGGAUUAGGCAAUGCUUGUUUUCCUUUUCUAGAAGAAUUUCUUGUGGUGCUCAGGAUAAAACUGUCAAUUGUUCCUCUCCACAUUUGUUGUGGUCUGUAGAUUCUGAGAUGAAUUCCAGAAAGCAUCUUGCAACUUGGAACUGGGCCUAACAGCUGUAGCCAGAACAUAAUUUUUUGCAUAUUGUAUGACGUUAGGGAAUGUCCCCAGUCGAGUUGCAAUUUCUAGGUCUUUCUAGGUAUCUUCUCGUAUCUCAAACUAAAAAAAAAAAAAACUCAGGGAUCCAGUUUUACGUUAAUAUACUCCUAUUGUGUAGCCAUUACCGAAGAUGAAAUUGUGGAUCGUCUUCUGUGCAAACAUGUUACGGCAGAUGUCUUGUUUAUAAGUAGAAACGGGUAUGAAAUGUUUAUAGUCACAAAAAUGUUAAGUCAAGGUGUCCUUGUUGGAUGCUACUAAGGUGGUUUUUAACUGCUGGUUUACAUUGCUUUUAAGAUUAAAAUGCUGUCAUGAUUUUGUAAUGAGAAUUUGUAUUUUUAAGAGUGAACUGGAGAAUUUUCUUGUACAAACCAUCCUUUUUGAGGGAUGGAUGGAUGGCUUCCUUGUAGCCAACUUGACUUAAUAUUUCUGUUUAGAUUUCUUCUCCUCCUCCUUCCUUUCCACGAAUUUUAUUGCAGAUGGCAGGCGCAUCUACCUCAUUCUUAGAGUAAGGAAAGUAUUAAUGUUUGUUUAUAUAACAUAGUUUUAAUAGAUUUAGCUUGCACAAAGAAAAGCAUUGAACUCAUUGCAUAGAAUAUGCUGCUUCAAGGUUUUGUGCUUGUAUCAAAGUGAAUUGUAAAUUGAAACGGGUGAUUCUGUAUUGAAUACGGUGAUAAGAGAUUUAUAUUUAAUCCUUGUCACUACAAUACCGUACGUGACUUUAAUUCUCAAGUCUUUUAUUAUGCAUUAUUUCCACAAUGUAGUGAGUGACCUCCUGGCGUCGGCGGCUGGUGAAGCCGCGGACGGUAUUAGUACGAUAAGAGUUUUUAAGAUUUUAUCAUUGUAUGAAGACACUGUAUGUUGAUUUUUGGUUUAAGAGAGAUCUCAUUGCCUAUACAUAGAAAUUUUAUUUGGGAAGUUGCUGUCAGCCUUUGGCCUAUAACAGCGACACGUAGAGAAACCAUGAUGUAGACAGACAGACAGACUCAGGGUCUAGACACGAACCAGAUUUGAUAUUGAUGUCCUCAGCAGCAGCAGCAGCAGCUUGUAAUAGGAUUUGGAUUUUGAUGUCCUCAUCGUCAGCAGCAGCUCAGAAUAGUUUUUAAGAUUCUUUUAUGAAAGUUCCUUCAUUAAAAAGAGAGUUUUUAAUGAUUUGUAAUACUAUACUACUACUACCUCAAGCUUAAACCUCUCAGGAAGAAUGCUAUCAUUCUCAGAUUUCUAAUAAUGUCAUAGCUUCAAGCAGUUGUGUGUCGAUGACGUUCUAGAAAUAUGUAGUUGUCUUUGGAUAGAAAGCUGAGCAGAGUACCACAGUUAGACCCUAAUAUACCGUAUUGAGAAUACGCUAAAUAUUUUAUAUGGAUAUUUUUUCAGUUUUUAACCAAGAUUUUUAACCCUUUAGUAAUAAAUGAAAGAUACCUUACCAUAAAUAAAUGCUUAUUAGAUCUGAACAAGAUUUGGCACCCAAGGUGCCGUGUGUGCUGUAUUCAAGAUAAUUCAGGGUUCUUGUGAAGUCAACUUUUAAUUUUAUGAAUUUCCAAAAUUCCUUUAUUGAAUAAAGGACAGUUCUCUAGCCUACAAGGAUGGCAAUUUAUAGAAAGAAAGAAAGUAUACAUUUUAUCAUAUUGGCAAUAUUUAGCUAAAGAUGAUGAUCCACUUAGCGUUUCUAAGCCCAAGUGCAAAUAAUUGAGUCAGAUUUUAUUUUUAAGAGCUGAAGCUCUGUAAUCUUAUGUAAUGUUUAACCUACUUACAAUAAAGUUCUUUUCAAUGUA